GAGGCUGGGAAAAGGCUUGGCGCCCGUCUGUGACCUCAUUUCUGCGCGACCCUUAUUUUUGGCGUAGAGUUUUCGCGCUGCUCCUGUAAAGGAUGCCGAAAGUUGUGUCCCGGUCGGUGGUUUGCUCCGACACCCGGGAUCGGGAGGAGUAUGACGACGGCGAGAAGCCCCUCCACGUCUACUACUGUUUGUGUGGCCAGAUGGUCCUGGUGCUGGACUGUCAGUUAGAGAAAUUGCCCAUGAGGCCCCGGGAUCGCUCCCGCGUGAUCGAUGCCGCCAAACACGCCCACAAGUUUUGUAACACGGAGGACGAGGAGACCAUGUAUCUUCGGAGGCCUGAAGGCAUUGAGCGACAGUACAGGAAGAAGUGUGCAAAGUGUGGACUGCCCCUCUUCUAUCAGUCCCAGCCCAAGAAUGCCCCCGUGACUUUCAUUGUGGAUGGCGCAGUAGUCAAGUUCGGCCAGGGUUUUGGUAAAACGAAUAUCUACACUCAGAAGCAAGAGCCUCCUAAGAAGGUGAUGAUGACCAAACGGACCAAAGACAUGGGCAAGUUCAGCUCCGUUACGGUGUCUACCAUUGAUGAAGAGGAAGAGGAGAUUGAGGCUAGAGAAGUCGCCGACUCGUAUGCACAGAAUGCCAAAGUGAUCGAAAAGCAGCUGGAGCGCAAGGGCAUGAGCAAACGGCGACUGCAGGAGCUGGCUGAACUGGAAGCCAAGAAAGCAAAGAUGAAGGGGACCUUGAUUGACAACCAGUUCAAGUGAUCAGGACCUUCCUCUUAGCCCAGACCGGAAGUGGGCAUUUAGACAAGGAGGAAAAAGAACUGUUUCUUGACUCCACAGACUGGUGGUCACCUUUUGGCCCCAGUGGAAGGCUUUCCAUUACUUGCCAUUGAUUGUUCCUACAUUCAGUGAGGGCUUUGAGUCCGUCUGACCUGCUUUCUAGAGAUGGGUUUUCUAAAUCUUUCUGUAUAUAGGUCUUCUGUACUAUUUUUUGUGCAUUUGAUGUAAACUUCUUCAGCUGUGUGGAAAGUCUGAACACACCAGGGCUUGAGUGUCUCUUGUUUUGAAAGUAGCUCUUCUUAGUCCCUCUUCAAAGCUAAUAAAAUGUUUAUAGAUUUUUUAAAAAAGUACUAUGAUGUAUCACAGAGAAAGUGGCAUGGAUUAUAUUUAAAGUUACAGCAAUUAUGAUUCUUUUAAGUGACUAUUCUUAGACGGGCAGGAAUUGGCUAUGGUUUGAACCUCUCUCCUGUCAGAAAGGAAUCCGUGGAAAGCCAGAAUGUCCAUAAAGCUUCCUUUAGCUUCGCAUUCAGAGAAACUUCCUUGGUAACAAACUACAGAAAUGAUCCCUGAAAAUGUAGUCUUUCUUCCUUUACUUCAAAUGGUAAAGCUGUAGAUGUGUUAUUCCUUACUGGCCUUUGUACCUAAAGAAGGAACAGCCAGAUUGGGGGCGGGGGCGGGUAGGGUAGCCCAGGUCUAAAUGAAAAUGGGGUCUCAGUAAGCAACCCAAGGUGACCACCAUCCCGUCAGGCAGCUAGGAAGACGCCUGCUUCCAUAUGUGGGUACGGGAGGGAGACCUAGAGUAAGAACUGAUACUGAGACAAAACAAAAGUAGCUGUUGGCCAGUUCGUAUUUCACAUUUGCUAUUUGUAGAGGAGUGUUGUCUUUUUAAAUAUUUAGGGGCACUGGGGUGACUCUGUUGGUUAAG